AUGUUUUUUGAUAAUAAAGAUAAAAUUGUUACUAACUAUCCUCCUGUCUAUUUAUAUACAGCACCAUCUCCAAAAGUUCGAAUUGAGUCAACGAAUUUCCAAAAUAUUACUGAUUAUUGUGUAAUAUGUGCAAAUGCAGCUACAGCAUAUUUACAAUAUUGUUGUUUCGCAAAUAACAAUGUUACUUGGAAAUAUUUCUUUGAAUAUAGUAGAGGUAAAAUUACAAUUGAUAGUUGUUUCAUUGAUGUAGAAACACCAAAAACAGAAGGAUCAGUUACAAUAAACAACAGAAUAAAAGAUAUAUCUAACAACGAUAAAUGCAUUAACUUUAUCAAGAAAAAAGAAGUAGACAUUUCAGAUCUUGAUGAAAAUCCAAAAUACAAUAUUUUUCUAUUUUAUCUCAUAAUCUUAUAA